AAAAGAAGUGCUGAGAUCUUGUCUACUGCUGAGUGGAGAACUGGCAGCUCGCGGGCGUGAGAGGCGUAGUAAGAUUAAAGGAAGGAGAAAGCGAUCGAACAACAAAAUAGAAAAUAAUAACACUCAAAGAGCGAUCCUUGUCUUUCGGAGAGUAUACAUUGGAGGCGAGCGAACGAGAAAGAGAGAAAGAAACUUGCUGACAUCACGUGAGACAGGAUCUACCAAAUAUAUGUUAUAACCACUUAAAUAUACUCUGUCUCUCGCCCUCGCUCUGUCUUUCUUUGAUAGACCAGAUGCGCAUUCGCUUGCCUGCAUACAAAACCGUCUAGAUCAUCAUGAAGUUGCCUAUCCUGGUUAUGGUCGCUUCUUUGCUGACCAGUGCAGUGCUAGCCGUGUUCAUUUUCAUGAAGAAGAAAGAGAUGAUCCUCGUUUCCAAGAAGUCCUCCUUCCUGGACAUAAAGGUCCGGGUGACUCAGGACGUGCUGGGAGAGUAUCAAGCUGAUGUGGACAAACUGCAGAAGCAGCUGGAUGAUAGCAGCAGUCUGGUAGCAGAGCUGAAAACGCAGCUGGGGGCCAAUGAAGCAGAGGCUAAGAAGCUGAAGACUGCAGCCGAGGCCUGCCAGGGAGAGAAGAAAAAGAUGAAUGAUGAAAUAACAAGCAUUGAUGGAGAGCAGAAAAAUGUUAAGGCUCAGUUUGACAAGGAAAAGGAAGCCUGGACCAAGGAGACCGGUGACCUCAAGCAACAGAUGGCACAGAAGAGCAAAGUGUGUGCCUUUGUGAAGAAAGAUUCGCAAGAGGGCAAUAAACUGUGUGGGAAUGAAAUCCCGGAGGCCGAAAAGCCAGCGCCCGAAAAGCCUGCCCCCGAAAAGGCAGCCCCCGAAAAGGCAGAGGCGCCAAAGGCAGAGGCGCCAAAGGCAGAGGCCCCAAAGGCAGAGGCCCCAAAGGCAGAGGCAGGAAAACAGAAGUGAACACCCAGCUGCUUCAAAAAGCUCAGGCAGAGAAAGAGAUGGAGCAGGGAGAAAGCAAGACAAACCAAAGAUAAAAUGGAUGAAGACCUGCAGCUGGUUCUUUGUAUCUGUUUUAUUUGUUCCAGCUGUGUUUCUCUUCACCACCAUCUCUUCACCCCCCACCACCACUUUAUGUUGAUGGCUGCCCCAAAACUUAAGUUUUUUUUUAUGGAUUAAAGGCAUUGAAAAGUGAAAAGUAAAACUUACAAUUACAGUUACUAUAGCUGUUGGUGAUCACUGAAUAUUAAUAUUUUCAAAAUGUGAAAUAUUCCCUUUAAGGAUAUCAUUUCUAUCUCGUACCUUCUCCCUUGCUUGUGUGUGUAUUUCUGCAUUUUGUGUGUAUUUUUUUUUUUUUGGGGUAUGUAUGGAUUGAAAUUGAGUCCUGUCACCCUGUACCCCUCUCCUGUCAUUAACCUUGCCUGGGACUGUGUGUAUCUCUGACCCCCCCUUAGGGUCUGUCCCUGUAAUACAUCUGUGUAUGUCUGUUCAUUCGCAUUGACCAUUUGGAAAUGCUGCAUCCCAUCGCUCCCCAUCUCAUCAUCACAGGGUCACCUUGUGAUGGGCGUUCCGUUGCCCUAGCAGCCAUCCCGGAAACCACAUGUCCAAUCAAAAGCCUCUGACAAGAGACAGGAGACCCAAUGAGCAGCUUAAACACAGAACUUGAUUAAAUAAACUUGGUUUCAUAGGCCAGUUGUGUGAUUACAUGUAUUUACAAUUAACAGCAUGCAAAUACUUUUCUACAACUGACUAACUCAUACGCUCAGUAAUAGAAAGGCCAAAGGUCUUAAUUAAAGACACAGAAAUGACAAUGACGAUGAUAGACAGCAAUCAUACAUCUGUGCAGAAAAUCAGAUUUUA